CGGGGGCGGGGGCGGCGUCGCCGCGGUGCUGUCCCCGCGAGGCCGCGGAGGGCGCCGUGGGCCGGCCGCCGCUCUGAGCAGCGCGUCCCAGGCGGCGUGCGGGCGUGCGGGCGCGGGGCGACGGCGGCCCCGCAGCGACAUGUGACCAUGGACCGCAGGACCAGGGAAAAUCCAGAAAGAACUUUUGACUUGGUGUUGAAAGUGAAGUGCCAUGCCUCUGAAAAUGAAGGUCCUGCGAUACUGUGGAAAUUCCCAGAGGACUUUGGAGACCAGGAAGUACUGCAGAGCGUGCCCAAGUUCUGUUUUCCCUUUGAUGUGGAAAGGGCAUCUCAGAAUCAAGUUGGACAGCACUUUACCUUCGUACUGACAGACAUUGAAAGUAAGCAGAGAUUUGGGUUCUGCAGACUCACAUCAGGAGGCAGAAUUUGUUUAUGUAUUCUUAGUUAUUUGCCGUGGUUUGAAGUGUACUAUAAGCUUCUCAACACUCUGGCCGAUUACUUGGCGAAGGAACUGGAAGAUGAUUUGAAUGAAACUCUCAAAUCACUCUAUAACCACCCAGUACCGAAGGCAAACACGCCUGUCAACUUGAGUGUGAACCAAGAGCUAUUUAUUGCCAGUGAGCAAGUUCUGAAAGAUCAACCCUCACUGAUGCUGCACUCCUGUUUCAUUGCCCCUGACAUAACUGGACUCCCGACGAUCCCGGAGAGUAGAAACCUGACAGAGUACUUCGUUGCCGUGGACGUGAACAACAUGCUGCGGUUGUACGCCAGCAUGUUGCACGAGAGGCGCAUCAUUAUUACCUCGAGCAAAUUAAGCACUUUAACCGCCUGUCUGCACGGCUCGGCCGCUCUGCUCUACCCGAUGUACUGGCAGCACAUAUACAUCCCCGUGCUUCCUCCACACCUGCUGGACUACUGCUGUGCCCCAAUGCCAUACCUGAUUGGAAUACACUCCAGUCUCAUAGAGAAAGUGAAAAAUAAAUCAUUGGAAGAUGUUGUUGUGUUAAAUGUUGACACAAACACUUUAGAAUCACCAUUUAAUGACUUGAGCAACCUACCCAGUGAUGUGGUCUCGGCCUUGAAAAAUAAGCUGAAGAAGCAGUCCACGGCUACAGGAGAUGGAGUGGCUCGGGCCUUUUUGAGGGCACAGGCGGCUUUGUUCGGAUCCUAUAGGGAUGCUCUGAGAUACAAGCCUGGUGAGCCCAUCACCUUCUGUGAGGAGAGCUUUGUGAGGCACCGCUCCAGUGUGAUGAGACAGUUCCUGGAGACUGCAGCUAACCUUCAGCUGUUUAAACAGUUUAUUGAUGGUCGACUGGCAAAGCUUAAUGCAGGAAGGGGUUUCUCUGAUAUAUUCGAAGAAGAGAUCACUUCGGGUGGCUUCUCUGGAGGGAGCCCGAGGUCGUAUCAACAGUGGGUGCAUACAGUCAAGAAAGGAGGUGCAUUGUUCAAUACAGCAGUGACCAAAGCCACCCCUGCUGUACGGACUGCCUACAAAUUCGCAAAGAGCCAGGCCAGACUGGGACUACGAGAGGUGAAGAGUAAGCUGAAACACAAGGACAAUGAGGAAGAUUAUGGGACCUGUUCUGGUUUGGUACAGUAUACACCAGUUUACACAUUACACAGUGAAAAGGGAGGAGACAGAGAGAAACAUAAUCUUUCCCAGGCACACUUGAGAAGGCCUCAUAAGAGCCUCGAUGGUACCCAGUUUGAUGAUGAUGAUGAUGACAUUGAACGAGCAAGCAAGGUGUCUUCUGAGGAUGGCGAGGAAACAUCUGCUUAUUUCUACGAGAGCGACGACUCCAUUGGAGCUCAAGUGAAGGCGCCUUAUUCAGGUGAGAUGGACUUGCUGGGGGAGAUCCUGGACACGCUGAGCACGCACAGCUCCGACCAAGGCAAGCUGGCAGCUGCAAAGAGCCUGGACUUCUUCAGAUCCAUGGAUGACAUCGAUUACAAACCUACGAACAAGUCCAAUGCUCCCAGUGAGAAUGACCUGGCCCUACUGUGUGCUUCUGGUGAUCAAGGAGAGUGGAAUCUCGGGCAGGACGACAGCGCCCUCCAUGGCAAGCACCUCCCUCCCUCCCCCAGGAAGAGAGUUUCCUCUGGUGGCUUCACAGAGUCUCUGUUUAUCCUGAAAGAGGAGAACAGUGAGAAACCCUGCUGUGCGGACAGUCUGUGUGACCCCGCUGUGGUGGAAAAGCCAGCUUCUACUCCAUGCUUGGGUUUCCAGCCAGCUUCCCCAGAGGAGUGUCAAAUGAGUGAAGGAGAAGCAGAGGUGAAGGAAACACUAAGUCAGGCCUCAGAGAGUCUGCUGCUGCCCAGCGUCGGGAGCCGCCAGUCCACUUUCGUUCCCUGGGAGAAAGGAGGGAAAGAGCCUGAGGAGCCUUCAGAAGGCGGUGGACUGCUCCAAGAAGUAGUGUCAUUGUGUCACAUGUCAUGUGACUUCCAACAAGGUUUAAACAUUUCAGAAGGAAAUAGAAGUGAAGACCAAACUUAAGGUACCAGUAAAGGGUCAGUCAUUGCCGCUUGUCUCUUGGCUUCUCCGGAGACAUGUGGAAUUAGUUCCCUGUGAUGCGUACAGUAAACAGAAUCACUCAUAGGAAUGAAAACUCUUACUACUGUUUAAUUGUUUUCCUUUGGAAUGUUCCCCAUCUGUUCAUCUCAUGGAGCAUAAAAUGAAUUCUACUGUGCUGUUAAAUCAGGUACUAAUUUGUAUAUAGCCUGAAAGUGUGUUUUGGACAUAAGCUUUCCCAGUAUUUGGUGCUUAAUGCCAUUCAUUUUAUUUAAACUAAGUGUGAGUAUGUAAUCCAUACAUAUAACCAGUAGUUACUGUACUAAUUUGGUUGAGCAUGAACUGAUCAAGAUGUCAAAACCGAUAAAAAGGAAAUAGCCUGAAACUGUUAAAACUUUUAACCCACUAAUUGCCUUAAUCUUCCAGUUAUGCUAAACAUACAGAUCACGUGUGCAGAUCUUGAAAGAGCAGUUAUCUUGUCUUUCAGAGCAAUAAUGCCUUUUUCUAUCGCAGAAUUAAGCUCACCAUUCUUUUCAAGUUUAAAUGCUCUCUAGUGGAACUAACUUGCUUUUUUAUAAAGACACCGCAGCCAUGUUUUCCGAACAAUGUAAAUGUGUAUUUUACCUUCCACUCAGUGAAACCCAUGAAGUGCUGAGUUACAAUGUGAAGUUGAAGUCUCUGUUUACAGAGAAGCCCCUCAGACAGUGCCCGGUCUCUGUGUGCUGUGCUGACUGUGGUCUGCCUCCAGAAAGCCAGGUGCCCUGCGGAGUCCAGAUAAGCAGUUGUCCCUGUUCUCCCAUCUGCGUCCCCAUGAAGAUGCCCAUAGCCUUAUCUGUGUUGGCUUUUUUAAAUAAUCAACUUUAUUUUUAAAAUGUUCUAGAUUUAUAGAAAUCAGCAAAGGUGGUACGAAGUUCCCAUCUCCCUGGACCCGGUCUCUGCUAUUGUUAGCAUCUUAGGUUAGUUUGCCACAGUGUUGGUGUUCUACAUGGUAGAGCUCUGGCUGUUCCCUGACGUCCCCUUUCUGUCCUACCCCCUCAGAGUUUGAGAUUACAUUAUCGUGUCUGCUGGGGCUCCUCUUCCUGCUGGCACUUAAUUGGUUGUUGUUGUUGUUUUUUUUUUUGGGGGGGGGGUUGAUGACCUUGAAAAUACCAGAAAUACUGGUCAGAUGUGUUGCCCAGUGGCCAGCUCCUAGAAUUCGUCUAUUUUUCUCAUUAUUACACUAGGAUUGUAGUUGGAAGAAGAGGCUCAGAGAAGUAAAGUGCCAUUUCCACAGUGUCUUACAGAGUGUGUGCUGCGAGCCUGUUCCUUGCAGUGCUGACUUUGAACACCUGCUGGGUUUCUGCACUGUAAACUUGUUCCCCCAGCACCUUCUGUUCUGUUGCAGGCAGGAGGAAGGGAGGAAGGGCGGGCACAAAGGAAUUAUUUAGGGCAGAAGAGUUGCCUUCCUCAUGGUUACUGCUUACCUUUGGAGCACAUCUGAAAACAUACUCAGAUUUCUCACACCAGACUGAUGGUAUGGGAUAGCUUGUUUGUACCCUCCCUGCCUGUGUUCUGUAUAGCCCCAAACAUGACGGUUGCUUUUCAAAGUUUGUCUGUUUUUAGAUUAAAAAAAAAAAAAAAAAAAAAAAAAAACUGUUGCAAAACCAGUUAACCU